CGAAGAACCCCUAAGUUUGGUGAUGUUUGAGUCAGGGGUCUAAUUUUAUGGGCCCCAUCUUCCACUGAAGUUUUCAAUUGUUUCCAGUUUCACUAGGUUUCUUGUUUUCUUUUCUGGCAGGAGCUAAAGGAGAAGAUGACAGAGCUGAUGCCCCUAAUCCGUGUGCUGGACCAGUACAAGGCAGACACGCGCAGCAUCGUCCAGCUGAAGGAGGAAGUAAGGAAUCUCUCGGGUAGCCUGCUGCAGAUCCAGGAAGAGAUGGGGGCCUAUGACUAUGAAGAGCUCCAACAGCGGGUGCUGGUCCUGGAGGCACGCUUGCAUGCUUGCAUGCAGAAGCUAGGGUGCGGAAAGUUGACCGGAGUAAGCAACCCCAUCACCAUCCGGGCAUCCGGGUCCAGAUUUGGCUCGUGGAUGACAGACACCAUGGCCCCAAGUUCGGACAGUCGGAGCUGCGAUUCCCAACUGGGGUUCCGUGGUACCCUGGGGUACCAUGAGCACAUCUCAGGGGUACCGUGA